AUGUCUCAGGACAAAAUAGUUGGUAGUGAUAUCUUGUUGGAAUUUCUGGAAGUAGCUUUUAAUCAUAUAUUGUUCUUUAGAAAUUUAUAUCCUAAAGAAAUCUUUGCGAAAAAGAAGAUAUACAGCACAACAAUAUAUGUAUCUGAACAUCCAGAGCUUAAUGAGUACUUAAAGAAUGUCCUUAGUGCUAUUAGAGAACUAGUCGGUGAAGACGAAAACAGUGUGAAAGCAGUGAAUCUUGUUAUCUAUAACAGAAGGAAACAACCAGUUGAAAAAUUUGUUUUUGAUCUUGUUCAGUUACAAGCAAAUAAUAUAGAGAAAGAUCCAUAUUAUUUAAAAACAGAAGAAGCUCUUAGAACAAUUUGUUUAAAAUUAUCCAUGUGUGAAGCGUAUCUAAAACCAUUGGAACAGAAUUCAACUUUUUCUAUUGAAAUACAAACAAAUGAAGCUGCCCAUGUAGGUUUGAGUGAAAACCCACGGUGUGAAAAUUUUCCAUGGAUUAUCAAUGAAGAAGCCCUUGAAAUGACUGAUAAAAAUUUAUUGCCACUGAAAACCAUUAAAACCGAUUGUUUAAAUUUACAAAUGUAUGUUGUUGAAAGUGAAGUAAAUAAAAGUACUGACUAA